GUCGGCAUUACGACCGGUGAUCACCACUUGAGCCCCAUAUCGGGCGAACUCGACGGCUGUUUGGGCGCCGAUACCACCGCUCGAGCCGGUGAUCAGCACUACUUUACCCGCGAAUGUAUAGUUGUGAUUGCAAACACAACCAACCAAGUUGUUGAAUUCAAACCGUUUGGUAAAUUAUUUUGCCAUGUGUCAUUUAUGCCGGCAAUCGCUACAUACGAGUCCCGUCUUUAUAAGCUGUCCGCUGAAGAGUUACGCCACAGGUUUCGCCAUAAACUCCAAUUGAAUCCAAGCGGUGACACCACUGAUGACUUAGAAGUGGGUGAAUACGCGAGAAGUCGCCACCAGAUGAUAGCUGUGCCGAUACUAGCGCUGGCGGUAAACGCCGUGACUAUAGCGUGUGUGUCGGCCAUCGCCCCGAAUACUGCGGCCCGACGUCGGCUGUCGACCAGACUCUACAUAGGACUGCCCGAAGCGAGUGCUCGCAAACAGAUCAUCGAGAAGUGCUUGAAUGGUGUGAACCACUCGUUGACUGAUUCGCAGAUCCAGUCGUUGGCCGACCGAACCGACGGCUACUCGUGCGCUGAUAUGAAAGACUUGUGCCGCGAGUCGGCACUGAAAGCGGUAAAAUAUUUGCUUUUAUACAGGAUAUUCAUAAUAUCUUAUGGCAACGCAACUCAUAGACCACCCACAUCACACUGCAACAUAGGAUGGACGUAUCAACUGUUUAUCAAAGGACUGAAAAAUGGCAUUCAAAUCAAUGAUUUGGGAAAGUGUCCCAAAAGUCAACGAACGGAGUAUUCAUUAACUCAAUUAGAGAAAAAUUGGGAAAUUGAGUUAUUAAGAGCUAAUCCAAGUCUUGUGAGAGCACUGGUUAAGACAUACUUACCGUAUCUAUGGAUGCCAUUAUUAUUUCAAAUGAUCCAGGUACUCUUGAUAGAAAUCUGUUCAGUCGUGUCCGUCAGUCGGCUUAUCCGAUACUUUUCGGCUGCGAAGUCGGAUCCAAAUGCCAUGUCGUAUAUGACUGCGUGUGGAUUUGCGACCACUAUUGUCAUCGCAUCACUAUUUAUGGUCUUAUUUUUUCAUCCGUAUUGUCUUAUAUGCUAUAAAACAGCGGUCAAAAUGAGGGUCAGUUGGUCUGCACUCCUAUACCACAAGUCUCUGCGACUAAAGACCACAGCCUUUGAAAAGACAACUAUCGGACAGAUUGUGAAUCUCAUCACAAAUGAUGUCAACCAAUUUGAUCCCUUGGCAAUACAUCGGUUCCGUAACUUUGGUUGGAUU